AUGCAGGAUGAUCGAUUCUUUAUGAUGUCUCCAAUGGAUGAUGCUGGUGAGAAAAGAUUGCGUCAAGUACGUGAACAUAUUCAUAAAGCUUUUGGACCACAAGGACAUGGUCGUUGUUCCAAACGAACAUUGGAAAUGCCGUCUGAAGCCCCUCGAGUUGCCAAGACUCCACGUACAAAACUACGACAACGGAUUGAACAGGCAUCACAGUUAAGUGCAGAUCAGAUAUUCUUUCAGCAGUUUGGAAGCCGUGACGAGCUUAUAAAUACAGAGUUUGAUAAAGACCUGGUGCGACCAGCAGGAUAUCCCGUUUCUAAAACAACAUCUAGACGCUAUAAAGCUAGCCAUACAGCUUCAGGCUCAACGUCAAGUGCUUCAGCACGUUAUCGGACGAUGGAAAGACCUACCAGUUACUUUUCCACGUCGACCACUUCGACUUUUACAAGCUCGCUACCUGCACCGUCGACUACAAAAGUAAACCACUUGACACGUCAGUUGACACGCUCGAAGCAGAUUAAAACACCUCGUAACACAGCUAUCAAGCGUGCACGAGCUGGAGAAAGUAGUGCUGAGAAGGCACUUGUGCUGAGAAAACCUCGAGUUGGUAACUCGGGGAAAAGUGCUAGAACACUCGACUAUACCAGUACACAAGGCUUUUCGUUUCGAACACAGGCAGCACUAGCACCGCCACCGUUUCAAGCUCGGAAAUCAGUGGUCACUACUCGCGCAAACUUGCCAAGCAGUUUUAUCUCGAGAGCGUCACCGAGCAAGUUUCAAUUUUCGUCGGACGCUACGAGAUUAUUUUCCCAGCGACAGGCACCACUGCGGUAA